GGAAGGAGGUUCACUUGCUUUGCACAGAGACUGAGCCAGAGGCGAAAGCAAAACCAAUGUGAUUUAUUGAAUGAAGACGCUGGACAAUUACCAACAACUUCUUCUUCUUCUUCUGCCUCAUCCGAGCUAAACUGGACCAGCCACGUGAGAAUGACCCAGCAAAUGCAGAAUCUACACCUUUCCCAGACUAAAAAGAACAGUGCUCCAUCUUCUCCAAAUGCAGCCAAACGCCUCUAUCGGAACCUUUCUGAAAAACUUAAGGGAAGUCAUUCUUCCUUUGAUGAGGCGUAUUUUAGAGCAAGAACUGAUCGACUCAGCCUUAGAAAGACAUCUGUGAACUUCCAGGGCAAUGAAGCGAUGUUUGAGGCUGUGGAGCAGCAGGACAUGGAUGCCGUGCAGAUCCUUCUGUAUCAAUACACUGCUGAAGAGCUGGACUUAAACACACCCAACAGUGAGGGCUUAACACCCUUGGACAUUGCCAUCAUGACUAACAAUGUGCCUAUCGCAAGACUCCUCCUGAAGACAGGGGCCAGAGAGAGUCCCCACUUCAUCAGCCUUGAAAGCAGGUCAGCACAUCUCAACACCUUGGUCCAAGAAGCCCAGCAGAGGGUGAAUGAGCUGUCUGCCCAGGUGGAGAAUGAAGGAUUCAGCAUGGACAGUACAGAGAAAGAGAAACAGUUGAAAGCUUGGGAGUGGAGAUACCGGCUUUAUAAACGCAUGAAAACAGGCUUCGAACAUGCCAGACCCCCUGAGGUGCCAACCAAUGUCUGUCUCAUGGUAACCAGUAACACAUCACUCACUGUCACCUUUCAAGAGCCUCAUAGUGUCAACGCAGCUGUAGUGACCAAAUAUAAAGUGGAGUGGAGCGUUUCUAAAGACUUUUCUCCUCUGGCUGGGGAAAUAAUCAUGGAUAAUCUGCAGUCUUUGAGAUGCACAAUCACUGGACUCUCCAAGGGCCAACACUAUUUUGUCCAAGUCUCGGCUUACAAUAUGAAAGGAUGGGGACCACCUCAGACCACAGCUCCUGUCUGUGCCACUCCUUCUAACUGGAAAGACUAUGACGGCAGAGAGCCCAGACAUAAGGGACAGAAUGAAGCUUUGGAGCGUCUGCUACAGCAGAUCGGGGCUGCUCAUCAGCGUUACAGUUGCCGGGAAAGUUCAAAAUUACAGAACACAGGUCGCAAGCAGUCUGUCUCAAGGAGCCUGAAGCAUCUAUUCCAUUCCUCAAACAAGUUUGUGAAGACCUUAAAACGGGGACUCUAUAUAGCUGUUAUAUUUUAUUACAAAGAUAAUAUGUUAGUCACCAAUGAAGAUCAAAUACCAAUUGUUGAAAUCGAUGAUUCUCACUCCAGUUCCAUUACGCAAGAUUUUCUAUGGUUCACGAAGUUAUCUUGUAUGUGGGAAGAUAUCCGAUGGCUGCGACAAACUGUACCUAUUUCCAUGUCCUCAUCCACAGCACUGCAGGCCAGGCAGAAGAUGCUUGCGGCCACAGCUCAGUUACAGAAUUUACUUGGAACUCACAACUUGGGAAGAAUUUACUAUGAACCCAUUAAGGAUCGGCAUGGAAAUAUCGUCAUAGUCACGAUCAGAGAAGUGGAGACGCUCUAUUCGUUUUUCAAUGGCAAAUGGAUGCAGAUAUCAAAGCUACAAAGCCAGAGAAAAUCGCUGUCAACUCCUGAGGAGCCAACAGCUCUAGACAUCUUAAUCAUAACCAUCCAGGAUAUCUUGUCCUACCAGAAAAGGAGCCAACAGCGUCUCCCUCCUGGAUUGUACCUUGGUUACCUGAAACUGUGCAGUUCUGUGGAUCAGAUCAAAGUCCUUGUCACCCAGAAAUUACCCAACAUUCUCUGUCAUGUAAAGAUCCGAGACAACAGCAAUGUUUCCAAAGAUGAGUGGGAAUGGAUCCAAAAGAUUUCUGGCUCUGAAUCUAUGGAAAGUAUAGAUCAUACUUGUGACUGCCCCACUCAAUUGUUCUUCUAUGAGCUCCAGAUGGCAGUGAGAGCACUCCUGAAACAGAUCAAUCUACCUCUACAGCAGGCCAGGCACUUCCGUCUCUACACACAGGAGGUGUUGGAAAUGGGUCACAAUGUCUCCUUUCUUCUCCUGCUCCCUGCCUCAGACGACGUCUGUACGGCCCCAGGACAGAAUAAUCCUUACACCCCGCACUCAGGAUUUCUUAACCUCCCUCUUCAAAUGUUUGAACUUGUUCAUUUUUGUAGCUACAGGGAGAAAUUUAUUAGUCUAUAUUGCCGCCUUUCUGCUGUCGCGGAGCUCGAUUCUUUGAACACCCAGCAAUCCCUGAGGGAAGCAAUCUCAGACAGCGAAGUAGCAGCAGCCAAGCAAAGACACCAGCAAGUCUUAGAUUAUGUGCAGGUAACUCUGUGCUUCUGUCAAGGUGAAGGAGAGGAAGAGGUGGGAGAUGAGAAUCCAAUUUAUGUCCUAACAGAUGCCUCCUCAGCCAGAGAAAUGGGAACAGCCUGA